GAUUGUCCCUAAAGCGACUACCAACAUGUUCAUCGUCUUGUUUUCGUUCUUUGCUACGUUUCUGGUUUUUACACCUUGUCUAUCUCAAGGUCAAGUCACCAAGUCCGGGGGUAACCAGGUCUGGAAACAAAUCAAUCUCCUUCCUGUGUGCUUCGAGGGUCGUGGCGACAAGCCCGGUGAACUGACGUACCUUCUCGAUGGUACGAUGGUUGGCGCAAUGAAACUUGUUUAUAAAUCUGGAUCGAUAAGAUGUGCCCAUAGCGAAGCGUACAAGAGUCGUUGGGGAUGUUAUCAUUUCUCCCAUCCGUCCAUUUAUAAACACCCACUGAACAUCAUCGUCACCGAUGUUGCUAAGAAUAAGGUUUACCCAUUGGAUAAGCAUAUAGCGCCUGGCUGGUCCAAACCAGGACUAUGGUACUAUCUGCCAUUCACCGAUUCCCUACACUCAAACGAGCUGGUCUUCACUAACUACCUCGACCCAUUCUACCUCCCCCAAUAUGGAAGGUUACAGAUCUGGUACGGAGAGGAUUUGAAAAACUGGUACGACAGCGACAAUGUGGGACGAGUCUGUGUUGAUGUCUUUAUUCACGGUCUUUCAUAGAGAAUGUGAUUUGAGCAUGCGCAGUGUUUUUGAUUGACAUYAGUGAUAAAGAGUAAUUAUUGUAAUGAUAAACUCUGGGGGGACUGAAAAAUAAAUAAAACAAUUCAGAUAAUAAAAUGAC